AUGCGCCAAGUCGGAUCGGUUCUCUGGCCGAGGCUCAGAGCUGUACAGGUCUACGGAGCCAAUACCGGUGUAGGAAAGACAGUUGUCAGCACAUUACUUUGCAAAGCUCUACGAAAGAGGCUACCGGACUACAAUGUACAUUACUUGAAACCGAUCUCUACAGGACCGGUCGAUGACCAGGAUAACCGCCAUAUAACAAGAUACUCAAGAGAUAUAACAUCAAAGACAUUACUUCAAUUUGAUGACCCGGUCAGCCCUCAUAUUGCUGCCAGGAUCUCUAAAGAGCCAGUCGAUGACCAAAGCAUCCUGACUCGUGUUUACGAAGAACUUCUGGGCUAUGCUACUGGAAAGGAUGCUGUAGCAGUUGUUGAGACAGCCGGUGGCGUACUCUCUCCGGCACCUUCUGGAAAUGUACAAGCAGACCUAUACCGCCCUUUGAGACUUCCCGCAUUGCUCGUGGGUGACCAUCGUCUGGGUGGCAUUGGCACGACCAUCUCAUCAUGGGAAUCACUUCAUGUCCGUGGCUACGACGUAAACUCUGUUCUGCUCUUCGAAGAGUCCAGAUAUGACAACCACACUUAUCUUAAGGACUACUUCAAGGAAAGAGGAGUUCUGACUCUCUCCUUACCACCACCUCCUGAGGUCAACUCCUCUCAAGCAGAGGACCAAAAGGCUAUGCAACAGUACUACGAAUCUGCGAGUGAAUCGCCUAGUUUGGAGCAAUGUAUCAAGCAUAUCCUCCACACCCAUGAUCAGAGGCUCGCUAGCCUACAAGCCUUGCCCAAGAGAGCUGAUAAAAGUAUCUGGCAUCCUUUCAUGCAGCACACAGAGCGAUCAGAGCAAAACAUCAUGGCCAUCGAUUCUGCUUACGGCGACUACUUCCAAACACACAAUUCUGCUGUCUCUGGCUCGAAGGAAGGUAAUCAGCUUAAGCCUGCAUUUGAUGGCUCAGCAUCAUGGUGGACACAGGGCUUGGGCCACGGAAAUCCUGCAUUAGCACUUACUGCCGCACACGCUGCUGGUCGCUAUGGCCAUGUCAUGUUUGCAGGCGCUGCACAUGAGCCAGCUGUAUCUCUUUCUGAGACUUUGCUGCAGAACAUCGGUAAUCCUCGCCUCUCAAAGGUCUUCUUUACCGACAACGGAAGUACUGGCAUGGAAGUCGCUGUCAAGAUGGCACUCAAAGCUGCAAGCAAACGCUAUAAUUGGUCUUCGGAUGAGGAAGUCUUGAUUCUCGGUCUCAAGGGUAGCUAUCACGGCGACACCAUUGGCACUAUGGAUAUGUCAGAGCCAUCAACAUACAACAAGAAGGUCGAGUGGUACUCAGGCCGUGGCCACUGGUUCGAUUUUCCGCUUGUCAAGAUGAAGGAAGGCAAGUGGAUCGUUGAGCCUCCUGCUGGCAUGGAAGAAGAGUUUGGUGCUACCCGCUCCUUCUCAAGUUUGGACGACGUCUUUGCGCUUUCCGGUAGAAAGGCUGACGCAGGUCGUUAUGAGGCUUACAUCAAGACUUCUCUUGAAGCCUUGACUGCAGAAGGCAAGAAGUUUGGUGCUCUUAUCAUGGAACCCGUCAUCCUAGGCGCUGGCGGCAUGCUGUUUAGUGAUCCCCUAUUCCAACAUAUGUUGACCAAGGUCGUCCGCGAACAAUACCCAGAGCUCUAUGGCAAACCUGAAGCAACACCAGACGACGAACUUUCCUGGAAGGGUGUCCCUGUCGUCUUUGACGAAGUGUUCACUGGUCUAUAUCGUCUCGGUCGUUUCAGCAGUUCAUCUUUCGUCGACGUCCAGCCUGAUAUAUCCGUUCACGCCAAGUUGCUGACUGGUGGUUUACUGCCUCUUUGCACCACUACUGCCAGCGAGAGCAUUUUCGAAGCUUUCUUGAGUCCUGAGAAAUCUGACGCUUUGCUUCACGGCCAUAGCUACACUGCUCACGCGGUCGGCUGCGAGAUCGCCAAAUACUCCCUCAAGACGAUGAAAGAAAUGGACGAGGGCGCUACAUGGACUAGGUUCAAGUCUGCCUGGACACAAGAAGAUAAUGCUGAGCAGAAGAUCUGGAGCAUGUGGUCGCAAGACUUUAUACGUGAUCUUUCGCUCAGAUCGAAUGUUGAGAGCGUGUUUGCUAUUGGAUCUGUUCUGGCGAUUUCGCUCAAGGAUCCUGCUGGAUCUGGGUAUACCUCUACUGCGGCGACUGGAUUGAGGGAUACGCUUCUUCACGACUCGAGCUCGGAGAAUGCUAUCCAUUCGCGUGUGUUGGGCAAUGUCUUGUACUUGAUGGCUAGUAUGACGACACCGCCAGAGACUGUCGCGAGCAUUCAGAGGAAGUUACAGGCUGCCGUAUGA